AUGAGUAGUAUACGACAACUAGUCAUACCAAACAGACUUAUAGGAUUGAAGUCUGGUAUAAGUUGUACAUCAUAUAUCCCGGUGAGAAAUAUAUACUUACAUAAGGGAUCUCGAGUGGCAGGACUUAAAAGAGAUCCAAAGGAAGCAUUUACAACUUAUAAUGGAUAUCAAUAUGAAUUAUCAGAACUGAAUUUAAAACCAAUAAAGGAGUUCUUAACUCAGAAAUAUCAUAUAUCUGAUGAAUUAAUCUUACAAGUAUUAACUCAUAAAUCAUUUGGUAAUGGGAUAAAACCAUAUAAUGAAAAAUUAAGUGCUAUGGGAUCAAAGAUUUUAAGUUUAUUCUUUACAAAAUUUGUGGUUAAUAAACCAUCUAAUAAUGAAUUAGCUAUAAAUGGAAAGAAUUUAGAUGUAUUAGGAUCACCUAUGGCUAAAGAAUUAGGAGGGAGAUAUGCUUUGGGGGUAUUUGCAAAGAAUCAUAAUUUAAAUUCAAUAAUGUUUUGGAAAUCAUCAAGUCAUACUGUUGGAUUUCUUAAUAGUGGAGAAUUAAAAGUUAGUGCUCAAAUGAUGUAUGCAUUAAUUGGAGCGGUAACUUUAAGUCAUGGGAAAUUAGUGGCGGAAGAAUUUAUUCAAGAAAAGAUCUUGAAUAGUAAUGAUACUCCAUUAGAAGACAUAGCAAGUACUGUAGUUGAAUCCAAUAUAGAAAGAAAGAGAAAGCAGAAGGAAACUGUUUAA